AUGGUGAAGAAGUGGCUGAAGGCGGAGGGGGGGGAGAGGCCGAGGGCCGAGCAGAGACCCUCAGACCCUGGGGCCGACCAGGCUCCUGACCCAGCCCUCGGCAGCUUCAAACAGCGGCUGCGUGAAGCCUACGUGAAGACGGCUUCCCUUGCCCUCAGCUUCUCGGAGGACGUGGUGGAGGCCCGGGGGCCGGACGCGCUCCCGAGCCGCCCCUGGGACCCGAGCCGCGUCUUCGACCCCGGGGACGUGGUGCCGCGGGCAGGGUUGGCGAGAAGCCGCAGGCCGCGGGCAAGGACGCGGAGGGUGGGUUUUCCCUCCGUGGCUGACGCCGGGCAGGGGCAGGCGAGGGGGUCUCGCCCCGCCUCCGGCACCGAGCAGCCGGCCGGCGCGGAGCCCGAGUGCCAGGUCCUGGAGGCCGGGGAGGAGGAGUACAGCCUCACGGCGAUGCUGUCGGAGCCUGGCGACCAGGACCAGCUGCGUGGCCGCUCGGAGAAGUGGGACGAGUAUCUGGUGAAGAGGCUGAGCAAGAACACAGCGCAGUGGUUGGUCAGUCACCGGGUCCCCCCCGGCCCAGCCCGGACCAGGCUCAGCGCCCUCCUCAUGCAGCGCUAUGGCUCGGCCAGCACCGUGGGGCUGGUGACUAACGAAAGGAUGAGCCAGAGCGAUUUCGUCCUUUACCAGCAGCGGCCAGCGGCGGUGAGCGAAGAAGCACUGUCUGUGCAGCCACCGCUCCCAGAGAUGGGGCUGCCCACCUACUACAGGGUGCCCGGCUUUGAGCAGACACAGAGUGCAGACGAGGAGCCGGGGGGGGUGAACCAGACGGCUGCCGGACUGAUGGUGAAGCAUUUCGACCCGUCCACCCCAAAGAAAAGGGACACCAGCCCCAGGCGCCAUGACUACAACUUCAUCUCUGACAACCAGUUUCAGCAAGAGCUGUACUCUGGUAAGGUGAAGAUGGUUCACCGCGGCCACAGAUACAGGAACCGGAUCCUGAUGGACAAUUACUCCGAAUACAAGAAAAACUUGCAGGUGAUGUUCCCACAAUCACCAGCGAACUGGCGUCCCCAACAGCCUGGGCACGAGGGACUUCUGAGCACAGGCCCGCAGCGGGUGGAGCGAGGCGCCCAGCGCUGGAAGGCGCUGCCCACGUUGGCCAAUUACACCUCGGAGUCAGGCCUCAGGCCCCCCGAACCCCAGGUCGGACUCAAACACCUGAAGGUCAUUCGGGAGCCCUACCAGACUUGGGAGGAGCUGCACACCCUCGCCCACACCCUCGAGGAGUGGAGGAGAGCCUGGAAAAUAAACUCUCGCUGGCAGGAUGUGACUGUGGAAAGUUUGAAGAGGGACCUCGAGUCACUGUACUACCACAUCCAAGUCAUCGCCUUAGCAACCUGUGCCAACGCAGCUGUCAACAGGCCCAAGAUCAUCAAUGUAACAGGCUAUGUGAGAAUGCAAGCGAAGGUGGAGCCAGUGCCGGUUGAGCUGUGGCCGCUAAUCGCGGAGGCUCUGAACAGCUGCAACACACACGUGCAGAUGGCCGCAGCCCUGUGCCACGCUGUGGUGGGCGACAUUAACCCGCAGACCGAGGCCAUCCUCCAGGAAGCUCUCCACCGUGGGAACGAGGCUGAUCGCUGGGCUGCGGCACAGUGCCUGGCUCUGAAAGGUGACAGUAGUUACCUGGUGGUGAGCUGCCUGGUGAAGCGUCUGUUCGACAGCCCGUGGCCGGGCACUGUGGAGCAGUGCUGUGUCAUCCUGGGGGAGCUCAGCAAACACACCACGCUCGUGCACACGCUAUUGGCUGAUGAGCUGAACAGCAGUAACUGGAGAAGUAAAGUUUUGACCUUCAGUGUGCUGUCCCGGCUCAAUGGGCACAUCAACCAGGAUCUGACCAACAAGAUGGUUUACCUGAUGUGGAACGACUGGAACAGCCACGUGCGUCAGGCGGCUGCCAGCUCCCUGGGGGCCCUCGGGCUGGGCAAGGUGGUGCACGAUCAGCUCCGGCAGCGGCUGGAGAAUGGCAGUAAUCGGGUGCGUGUGGAGGCGUUGGCACACCUGGGGCAGCUGGGGAUGCUGUCGGGGAAGCUGCUGGGGCCCUUCCUGCGCUGCUUCAGUGAUGACUUCAACGGGGUUCGGCGCGAGGCCUGCCUGACCGCCACGGCUCUGCGUGUGAAGGACCAGCGGGUUCUCUUUCAGCUGAAGCGACUGAUACAGUCAGACCCUGUGUGGACUGUCAAAGCGUACGCUAUCAAAGGCCCUGACAUUCUUCCAAAAGUGUGGUGCCCCAAAAUUGGACACGUUACACCAGCUGAGGCCUAA